GGACGCAGGAGGACGUUGCUGCGGAGCGAGCGGCCGCGGUGGCGCUUCUUCGCCGCUGUCGAGGUGAUGGUGAUGGGGGGAGCGGUGUCGUCGUUAUUAUUAUUGUUGUUAGUAUUGUUGUUGUUGCCGUCGGAGGACGACGAUGAGGCGGACCGCUGGAUGCCGUGGCCGUUCACCGCCAUACCGUGGCUGUUGCCGGAUGCGGUGACAUUAGGAGGGAUCAUGCAUCAAGGUGUGCGGACAUGCGGUGGGCAGCGGGGGAGGUGGGCGGUCGUAGGCGGCGGAUGCGUAAGGAGGCGGGUAGCUUAGCCACGUGAAAGUCGUAGUGUUCGGGGGGGAAGAGGGAAAGCGCAAUUCGGGAGAUUGGUUAGGUAUAUGUGAUUGGCGACAGGAGACGCGGAUAUCUCAAUGUAUUGUCGUGUGUGUCGUGGCGAGAAAUUGUUGUGGAGCUCGAGGUGAAGCAGGU